CCCCACACAGGCAAGGACACAGGCUCUACCUGCAGCUUCUUGGCCUAGCUCGGACGGCACCACCUGGCACCACGCUCUCCUCCUAGCGCCCUUGGCUGCCAUGAAGCUGCCCCCUUCGCUCUCGCCUCCGCGGCCAACUCGCCAACGCGCCCAACCAGCCAACUCGGCCUAGACCCGCAUUGCGGCUUGCCAUUCGGAUCGGCAGCUUUAAAGCUGGAUCCUGCACUGCCAGCCCACUCGUUAUGUUCGAACUAGGUGCAUCCAUUUACUACUGUCUUUGUCGCCCUACUUGGAGGAUCCUCGGAGCGUCGCCAGAACGAGAAACAUUUCAAACGGCAACCUCGGCCCUCACGGGCCAGCUACACAUAGCUUCUGCUCGCAGUUUUUAUGCAUACACGCUGCACACGUUGAUCUUCGAGCAGAGCAGCCGUAAUCGAUGGGCGACCAAGAUGCAGUCGAGUGCGCUUUGGUGGGGCAGCGAAUAGCCAUUCCUGCAAGCGAAUGGGGACAACCAGGGCAUUACUGGGGUACCAUCGUCCAGGAGGGCUUAGACACGUCUGGAGCGCAAUGCGUGGGCGUAUCGGUGGACGCCGGGCGGACUUUCUUCUGGCCGCGGCACCUAGUGACUGGCUGGCUUGCGGCCACUGCUGAACUGUCGCAACCAGGCCGUUCGCCCAAGCGCGCACGCGUCGACCAGACCCACGACCAGCAGCAACUGCGUGAGCAACAUCAUGAACAACAACAGCGACAACAACAGCGGCAGCACGAUGAUGAGAAGGAGGAACACCUGGGUGACGCGAGUGCGUGUGACGGCGGUCGGCUCUCUGCGGACGAGCGGCAACCGCAGUCAGGUCCCAACCAGCGGCAAGGGCAACCCCAGCAGCGGCCGCCGCCGCCCACCGCCGCCGCCGCGGCACGCGGCAGCGCCACGCCGCCGCCAGCCGCCACCGUCGCUCCUGGCGCUGUCACCAGCGCUGGUGGCGCUGCACAGCACGCAGCAGAGGAGUUGCCGCAAGGCGCGAUGCUCAUUGCCCGCUGCCCCGCGCGGCGCAGCCCCAGUAGCAACCCCGGCAGCAAGGGAGGCGCCGGUGAAGGAGCGGAGCCCGUACAGUACAUCGCGCGCUGCAGUGCCCGCCGCAGCCCCAGCAGCAGCCCGCCGGGGGCAGGCGGGCGGCGAGGUGCGGGCGGCGGCCGGGGCGCCUUUGAGGGCGGCAGCCCGCCGCCGCCGCUCCUCGGUCUGAACGGCGGACAACAGCGGUAUGCAGCGCACAGGAGCACACGGGCAGAAGAGGAAACCGAGCUGGAUGAGGCGGCUGUGGGCCUGGUGCGCAUGGCCAGACACAUGGGGGCAGGCGCUGGCGGCGGCCGCAGCGGCAGCGGAGGCGGCCGCAGCAGCGGAGGCAGAGGCAGUGCAGGCGGUGCCGCAGCCGCAGCGCCCAGCAGCAGCGGCCGCCUUGGGCCGGGCGCGACACACUAUGGCAAAAGCAGCAGCAGCAGCGGCGGUGGUGGCGGCGGCGGUGCAGCAUCCGUUAACGCACUGCCGCCGCGCGCGCCGCAGUCCGGCCACCUGCAUGGCCUUAUGCUGCAGGCCCGAGGGAAGCAGCCUCUGGCCCAGAUUCAAAACCGCCCGUCGUCCUCGGCAGCGGUUUACGGCGGUCCGUCAAAGGUGCUCUCACUCGGGAACGGCAAUGGCAACGGCGUCUGUGCUGGUGCCAGUGGCGGUGCUGGGUCGGGGGCGGGGUCGGGGGCGCGCACAGCCAGCUUCGUAGGCGCGUUCUUAACGCACGCAAAUAAGCUGGCGGGUGCAACAAGGGUUGGAGGUUUGCAGGAGGAGGCACAGGAGUUUGAUGUGCCCCGCAACGGGCUUGAAGCGGCGGCUGCGGGCAUACCGCUUGGCCGCGCGAUCUACUGAGGAGGUGGUGGGGUGUGAACACGGUGUUAUGUGCGCAGUGGUACAGAAGCGUGCGGCAUUCAACCCCGCUCACAAUCCCAGAUGGUCAGAAACGCAUAGGGUGAAGGCGGUCCCGUCGCUGGAUGGUGGCCGCUCCGUGCGCGUGGGCCGCGGUGCCUGGACGAGGCGGGGACUGUAGGGCCCCGUUGACCCAGACCAGGAGAAGAUAAAAAGGCCGCGGAGAUGCACGGCAUUCCUAUGCAGGAUGGCGCUCAUACGUGAGGCUGUGGCGCUGUGUUUAUUUUAGAAUUAUUCACGGCUGCGGGCGUGCGGUGCGGGUGCAGGGGUGCAGGCGUGGCCACGGCCGUAUGAACCACAAAUGUUAAGCAAAGGCGUUGCGUAUUUUAUUCAUGGUCAUUCAGGGCGCGCACCCCGCACGCGCAGUUGGAGUGCCGCUUAGAUAGCAAUUCAGAGCGGCCAGGUGUUCCUUAACCACAGGACCCCAUCACAGACCUUGGAUUGAGGUCGAGACCGGCUUGCGGCUUUCACUGGGGCAAUCAUGCCCCCAAGAUGGGCCAUCCGUGGCUUUCAUUAACGCAGCGUUUCCACAUUGUAACGAGCAUGCACC